AUGAACGCCUGUUUGCUCUCUCUGCUGUGCCUCCUGGGUGCCUUGGUUGUCCUGGCAGAGGGGGUCACUGUGCAGGAUGGGGACCUCUCCUUUCCUCUGGAGUCAGUCAAACAGCUUAAGGACCUCCAAGAGGAACCAAAGGUCCGGCUGGUGAGUCACAAGAGGCUUGCCGCCAGGCUUGCUCAGCCUGUGACACCAUCUCUGUGCAGUCACUCUGCCUUUCCAGAAGCUCUGAAGCCCCUCUGCCAGAAACCCAACGCUGAGGAGAUCCUGCGGAGGCUGAAGGCCAUUGCUCAGGACCCAAACACAUGUGAGAUCUGUGCCUAUGCUGCCUGCACCGGAUGCUAGGAUGACUUGUCUGCUCGGCCAGCGAGGAA